AUGUCUAACACGGCGCCACCUACCCCUCUUGAUCUCGCUCAACAUGAGUGGAAAAAAAUCUUCGAUGGCGGUCCCUACACUGGAAUGUUGAUGCUACAAUACAUCAUCCAAGCGACUGGAAAGUCGAUUGGUGACUUCUUACUUGACCCCAAGAAUUCUAUCAAGACCAUUACGGAUAGUCAUAUUAGUCACUUCAACUUUCAGCAACUAGCGGCUACCUGGAACGUCGACGCGGGUCGCUGUACGUCGUUUGCGGUGAAGGCAAUUACCGAGCUGAAAAGCCACAAGGACGCAACGGGCGCCCCGAUAUUCAACUUUGAAAUCUACGACCUCACCCGGCAUCGAGUUGCGAGAUGCAGAAAAACUGGUGUCGUUAUCGAUUCCAGCUCCUCCAUCCGUAAUGGGGCGUUCGUACUGGCCGAAGGAGCGUGGGGGAGGUUUCCAGAGACAAAUGCAAGCUGGAAGUUCAAGAGCGACGAGUCCAAGUUUGAGAGGGAGGGAAAAGAGCACGGUCAAAUCAAAAAGUCGUCAUCCCCCAUCUCGCCCACAAAGGCUAUGGUCAUCUGCCUGAAGGAGGUCGAAGAGUCCGCGUAUAAGUCAGUACCCACUUUGUUCCGGUCCGUCAACGCGCAGAACAAGCCCGAAUUCCAUGGCAUCAUUGUGUGGUGCCCGAGGGACCACGCCAUCGAGUUAGGAGCCAGUAUCAGUGACUUGAGGGACGGGAGGAAAUUGGUUAUCCAGUUUCCGAAGUACAUAACUGUCAAGGGCAAAACGGGCCUGGAUCCGAAGAUGGCGGGCACCGCGGAGAGUCUGGAGCAGUGCCUUGAGUACUUAGUGGAGUUUAUCCGCCAAUAUGGCGGGCCCCACGGCAUGAAUCAGUGGGAAAGUACCGGCGUCGAUGAAUUCAACACGGCCCUGAUUCAGGCUGCCGUCGAACUCUGGGGCUUUCCCAAGCCGACUGAGAAGGCGUUGGAGUGGGCUCCUUUAAUUAUAUCGCUCGAGAAGGAUGCACCCCCGAACCCUUACUGUAGAUUGCCCAAGGUUCUGUUCCCUAUUUGUUUGAUAUACGGUAGUUUGCUGACGGUGGUCCAUCGCAAGCUUCCGGCACCUGAUGCUGAGCAACUCGUCAUCAUAAUCGCGGACGGACUAUCUCGGAUCGGGCGUGAACCAGUUCCUGCCCGCGCAGAUAACAUCUCCGAGAUUGAGAAGAAGACCGACGAGCAGCGACCCUACGCGGUCGGCGGAGCGACUGUGGGCUGA